GUCUGAGGCGGGCAGGUUGCCCUGAAUGUGGUAGUGGGUCGGUCCCCUGCGCCUUACCUAGCGCGGAUAGGCUCCGUGGCCUCUCAGAGCGUCCCUAUCAGGCAAUCAUUUAGCAAGCUAUCGUAAGCUUUCAACGUCAAGCUCCCAGCUUCGCAAGUCCGUCCACCGAUUUGACCAGAUCCUUACACGCGCGCGUAAAACGUCCAACGAUCCGAUCUCAAGGCAGAUUCCUCACACACGGAGAAUUCGGUCAUUUCUAGGAUUGUGCACAGCAGAGCUGGGAAAGAUGUCUGGCGCGGGUUAUGAUGCUGUCGUGGAUGUGGAUGAUGAUGGCGAUCUCGGCCACACCGAUCUCCAAGAAGACCUAGAGUUCCACACGUCGACAUUCACAAACGCAUCGACGACGGGCCGAAAGUAUACGCCCUCGUCGACAUCGGGUCUCCCGCCCCCCGCAACGGCUGGGACCGGCGGGUCCUCGGGCUCUGCCACGUCGAAGCGAUAUCUGUGGACGCUGUCGUUCUACGCGCAGUUCUUCGAUGUCGACACGAGCUCCGUGCUCGCGCGUUGCUGGGCCGCACUAUACCCGCGCGACAACUUCCUUGACGUGCUCGAGGGUAACCCGGAUCUCUACGGUCCCUUCUGGAUCGCAACUACCGUCAUCCUGAUACUUUUCCUCGGCGGAACAAUCAGUCAAUACCUGGCGAGUAAGGGGGCUGGACCUUUCGCGUACGAUUUUGAGCUGUUGAGUGGUGCCGCGGGCUUAAUCUACGGCUACACGCUCGUGAUCCCCAUCGUUCUCUACGGGGCGCUGCGCUACUUCGGCUCCGAGUCCGCAAACCUGCUCGAGUGCUGGGCUCUCUAUGGUUACUCGAAUCUGAUCUGGAUACCCGUUGCGCUCAUCAGCUGGUCGCCGCUGACGAUCCUUAACUGGGUGUUCGUCGGCGUCGGUUGGGCCGUAUCAGUAGCUUUCUUGUUACGGAACUUAUACCCCGUCCUCAGCGCUACCGAUCGCCAAACGAGCAAGAUCCUUCUUGUUCUCGUUGUUGCCCUACAUAUGGGUCUCGCGCUUGCCAUAAAGAUCUUAUUCUUCGCCGCCGGUAGCCCCGUUGCGAAUGACCCGCAUGUUCCGAACGGAAAUGAUAAGGACGCUGGAGGUAAAGAUGGCGGUGCUGGAGAUGCGACGCGAUCCUUAUUUUAAGAGGGAAUUUUAUUGAUUGAUUAAUGGAUGAGAUGGGAUGAAACGGGAUACAAUGUGUCGACCAGCAUCGCAAAUCUAACCGACUUGCAUGGUUUCAUGCCCGAUUACCCAAGGUGGGUAAAUAAAGAUCAAUUUUUUGUAAGAAAUAGGCUUUCGAAGUUCGACACCCGGCGUUUUUUGAGGAUUUGGCUUGUACCGUAAUAUAUAUUGUACUGUACAGUAGCUGGGACAUAUGAGAUUUAGCCAGAAAUGUUUAUUUAUGUUGGACUUAGAUCAGGUUCACUUUUAUAUGUUCUGGUUUAUUAAGCACACCAUACCAUAUAUACAUACUUCAACACACAACACCACAAAGGUU